AUGGCUACCCCAACGCCCAAAGACAAAGAAACGCCCUCGAAAAACCUCCAUGCCUUCUCCUCCCCCGCCCCGCGCAGCGUCCCUCCCUCCGGAAAUGUCAACAUGAUGUCGUACGAUUCGCCCGCGGUGCUUAAUAUGCUCAACGACGUGGCCAGCUCGGGCAUGGGAGGAGUAGGCAUGGGCAUCACCAUGAGCGGGCUAGGCAUGUCCAGCUUAGGCAUGAGCGCAAGCGCCAUGGGACGCGCCGAUGAGGCAGAGAGAAGUCGCCGACUACGCGCAAUCAUAGACUUGAUCGGCAAGAAGCCCGGGCGCGUCAGCGAAGAGGGUCUGCUGGCGCUAUGCAAGCGGAUGGGCAUACCGUGCGAGAAGCACAUGGAUGAGGCAGGCACCUGGAGUCUCUUGAUCGGCGACGAAGCACUAUGCGACGUGACCUUCAAGAAUGACGAGAUCGCGAGCGUCAAUCUCCAGACUGGUCUGGACGAAUCAAGACCCGACCUCAACUUUGGCGCGGCGGGUUCUGCGAUCCUUGUGCGUAGCUUGAAACCCCUGCCAGGUCAGAGUAAACUGAACGUCACGCUCGAACGUUUCUCAGAGAGCUUGGAGAAACUGCUUACCCUCGAUAAGCUGGGCUCGCCGCAGAACGGAGGAGUUAGCUGUUACAAUGCCAUUGCGGGUGUCUAUACAAGCCUCCAGAAGCUCUUUGAACAUGAAAAGAAGACGGAGCUCGCGAACAGAACGCCGGAUGAACGAUUCAGGACACACAAGGCUGAGCGCGAGGUUCUCUGCAAGAAGAGUGGACGGCCCAGGCUUAACGGCGGAUCGUGUCUGGGUUUGAGCCUCGAAUACUGGAUGGAUGGGCGAGCGCAAAUAGACCCGCCCGUAGAGUCUGCCUCAUACCCAGAAGACGCCGACAAGAGCCGAAAUAAGAUGUAUUCCCUAACCAUCGAGUGCGAAUCCUCACCCUCGACCCUCUACACGCCCAUCCGCAUAUCCGACGACUGGAUCAGCGACCGCAUCGACAAGUCUGCUGACACGGCCAAUGACGCCAACAUCUCUCUCGACAACAUGCUCAUGAACACGUCGUCGUCGAUAGACUGGCUCGACCCGAAACCAACCUACCUCGAACCUCCCGAGCAGACCGCCGACGACGCAAUGAACCUCGACUCCGCAGCUGGCCGCCUCCCCAACGUCCGAUUCGUCGCAAAGUUCAACCCCCCACUCGUCGUGCCCUUCGCCGUACACAUGCAACUCUACCAGCUCGUUGGUAUCGAGCCGCGCACCGACGAUUUCCGUCCUACGACGUUCGCUGGGCUGGCGCUGAGGCCUGGCGAGCUUGACCCGGGUAUGUCUGGCACCACGGGCGAUCGCACACACGAGAUACGCAGCUCGAGGACGGUUUUGGUAAUAGACGGAGAGGGCAAGGAGCAGGACAGACAACAUGAUAUGAGUUUGUAUAUUCCGAAACUGGAGUAUAGUCGUAUGUUGGAGAGCUUGCCGUUUAGCCACCCGAAACAGCUUGUCGAAAUCCUGCCGGUGCUGAGACAGUAUGCUCAUGCUACAAGUCUGCUCAGAGAUUGUUUCUACAAGGAACCGGAGAAGAGUAUUCCAACACACAGGCUAGGCCAGCAGAUUACGCCGCCACGAACACCAUUGAAGAAGGAGGUGGAAGUAGUGGCGCAGGGUGGUGACCUGCCACCUAUUCAACUCGACGUUAAUCUAAGUUACACGCCGCCUGCUCCUCGCUUCACGCUGCAUAUUCCUCAUCCUUCUGCUGGGGAUGGCGCAGACGCUGUCGAUGAGCUACUGGCUAACCUCGGCGAUAAGGAAAUAUAUCACGCGCCCCUUGCAGUGGCAAUCGAUAUCCAUCCCAAUGGCGAAUUAGUCGUUACCGAACAGAACGUUGUCAAAGACGUCUCUGAUGUGGAGCAGAGUUCGGAGCAGUCACACAAAGUAAAGAGGCUGGCUAAGGUGUUGGAUGUUGCUGAUGAUUUGGGCGUGUGGGGAGAGUGGUUGAGACAGGAGGUUGUGAGGAAUGAAAAGGAGAGUUAG